AUGCUGUCCGAUUUGACUGGAAGAACUGAAUUUCUCGAAGAGAGCUUAGCGAAAAGCUCCGAGGAAAUGGUGCAAUUGAAGCACGAACUUGACAGGAAGGCUGAACUGCUACGAGUGUACUGCCACUACGAUGAUGACGGGUUUACUUGCGAGAUGGAUGAUUCUCUGAAGAAACGCUUGGAGAAAAUCAAAUUGGAGAAUGUGCAACUGAAGCACGAUGUUUUCUCUAUGAGAAGAGAAAUGGAAACGCAAAUUGACCGUGACCGAAAACGCUAUGAAGAAGUGUCACGUCAAUUCGAACAGGCUCAACAACAGAUCACUGCACUUCAUGCGCAAGUGGUUGAGAGAGGAGAGGAUUACGCAACUCAGUCGCUGGUCGUUGAGAAACUUUUGCGUGAGAUCUCACUGAAGUGUUGCCGAGAACGAGAGUUGACAGCUGAAAAUGCAGAUCUUAGCCGCCAAGUAGAUGAGGCUCUACAACGACAAAACGAACUGGGCACACAAAUGAAGGAACUUCAGGAGCGAUACACCGAAUUGAGAAGUAUGUUUUGCGAUGCGGAAGAGGAACUGUCACGUUUCCGAUCGGCACCACCAAAGCGAGCUGGCUCAAUAGAUUCGCUUUAUGACUCGCUGGCUUCUGAGCUGGAGAACAGUGAUAGCGGGUUCUCGACUACACCAGCGGCUAGCGCUAGAGCUGGAGAAGCACUUAAUUUAAGAUUGGAACUACAGCGAGCAGCAACUAGAACGAUCAAAACCUCUCCGUCAAAAGAAGAAAUUGACGUACCAUCCACUGUGCUGGCAGAAGUGGCCCGUAAACGGAUCACUAUCGAACCUGUAGCACCUCCACAAACUCCGCAAAGUGAAGCAAUGACUCCCACAGGAAUCACUGAGGCUUCGAAGAAAAAAGUGGAAUUGGUCAAAAAACGGACAUGUGAUGCAAGUACUUCAUGUACAGAGCUAGCAGGAACGUCGCUCACUCCGGUGGCUACCUCUACUCCUGAAAUCGAGCGUAUCAAGGGAGUAGAAGGUAUCCUACAGCUAUCGGAGCUGCGUUCGAUUUGCUGCACACCGCUGCGGGGUUCGUCAACGGUUUUCAAACGAUCAUUCCAUUCUUCAUUUCGUCUCUCUCCACAUUCACCAACGACUCCGGCAAAGAAAUGCUCAUCAGAUGAUCCGCUUGAGAACUACGUAGCGCCGAAAAUGGGAGAGCCUGGUGUGCCUGGCACUCGUGAUUUGAACUAUUCGCUAAGGGUGCUCAAAGCGCGUCGAAAGAAUGUGAAAUGCGCAGAAGCAACAGAUGAGUGGAUUGAUAGAAGCACGAUUGUGGGUCAAGAUCACCAAAGGAUGAGUAAUGUUUAUAGCGCUGGGUCACCCGUCGGCCUUGGAGCUCUUAAAUCCUCAUCCGAUUUAUCAGGGUUUUUAUACAGAUCCGAGCUUAACACACCCAUCGUUGAAUCCCAGCGAAUCCCUGGACUACGGUCGUCACCGUCGUCGUCACCGACGCUUUCUGCCGCCGGGUUACAGACGUUCGCGUCGUCCUUCUCGAAGUCGUUCGACGACGCGGUCACUGAUAAAGGCAUCCUGUUGCGUAGAUUUUAA